GCGCAGCUCCCACCUUAUAUAACUAACCAAUUCCACCACUACCUUCCUCAAACCAACUUCCAGAGCUAGCCAGAGAGAACUAAGAGCAAAAGAGAGAGAGCUAAAUAAGCUAAGUUAAACUAGGUAUAGUAGUUGAAGAUGAUGAAGCUGAGGUCGAAGAGGUUCUGCAGAAGCUUCAGCAGCUCGAAGAUUAAGCAGGCGGGGACGACGACUGAGCAAAAGGGUCAUCAGUUUGAUAAUUCUAAGGCUAUUAAGGUUGAUGGUGAAAUCAAGUGGGAGCUUCGACCGGGAGGCAUGCUUGUUCAGAGGAGGGAGACUCCAAACGCCGGAGAGGGCAUGAUCACCGUUAAGGUCUCCACUGUUUCACAGUGGCAUGACAUCUCCGUCGAACCCACUUCUACCUUCGGCGAAUUAAAAAUGAUAUUGUCAUUGGUGACUGGUAUGGAGGCACGAGAGCAAAGGCUGUUGUACAAAGGGAAAGAGAGAGAGGAUGGUGAAUACCUACACAUGGUUGGUGUUAGAGACAAAGACAAAGUGUUGUUGCUCCAAGAUCCAGCUAUGAAGGAGAUGAAGCAGAUGCUACAUGGAAGCAACAUUGCAACUUCUACUUGCAGUCGCACCAUUAGUGUCUGAUGAUCGAUCUUGUAUCAUCAAUAAUGACUUAAUAUUUUAACAUUGAUGGAAAUCAAUUAAUCUCCUCCAUCGAUUACU